GUCAGGCAGUUGCGCCAGCGGAUCUGGAUCAGGCGAGCAGCAGCCCGAGCCCUCAGGUAGCGCCGCCGCACACGCCACAUGCGCACCAUGGCCUGAAGCUUCACCACGGCCCACUCCCGCCUCGUGUAGAGCUGUAGCACUGUCCUGCGACGUCGAUCCAAUAACCGCAUGUGAGCCACCCGCCACCAGCACUGGAUGAUCCAGGCGCAGAGGGCCGCGUGCAGCAGCGUCCGUCGCACGAGGGUCCCCCGCCACCAGGCCUGGAUCUUGAUGGCUGUCUCGUCCUAGGCCAGAGUGGAGCAGGACAAGAGCCUACUCAGGCCCAGAGCCCCUCCCCUUAUCCCCCCAUGAUCUCUUACCUUUUGUCUUGAUUCCCUGUCCCAGGAGAUGGCAGUGCUCUCAUCCUCAUCCUUAGUGCCUGACCUUGUUCUUACCCAGCUCCUUUCCCUCCCUCCCUUUCUCUAGAGUCCCAGAGCCCCACAUGGCCUGAGUCAGUCUCCCUCCCCACCACUGGGGGAGGGGGGGCUUUGGUUCUCCACAGAAGACAUUCCUCCCCACCCUUGCCUGAAGUGCUGUGUUCACCAUUUGUUGGUGAUGAUUUUGUAAGACGUAUUAGACAGUGGCUAGGUGGCGAAGUGGAUAAAGCACCAGCCCUGGAUUCAGGAGGACCUGAGUUCAAAUCUGGCCUCAGACAUUUGACACUGGCUGUGUGACCUUGGGCAAGUCACUUAACCCUCAUUGCCCAAAAAAGCCCCAAAAGACAUAUUAGACUACCUUAAACCUUCUCCUGGCUUGACAAUGACAGUCAGAGAGAGAACUUUGUUCAGCAGUCCUCCAUUUCUCUACAGCAGGUGAAACAUAAAGCUAACUCCAUCACAGAUGGAGGUGCUGGCCUCCAUCACAGAAUACCCUGUGCAGCUGAAAUGGAAGCAGGGUUCUCUAUAGGCAACUGAGCUCCCAACACCUUUAUUUUCAGAUGACAUUUUGUUGAUUGCAUCAAGCCCCAGUCCUAGGACCCGCUCUGUGAAAUUUAUUCCUGUUCAGAAGUGAUGAGCCUAACAGUUUUUUUUUUUUUGGGGGGGGGAGGCAAUUGGAUUAAGUGACUUUUCCAGGGUCACACAGCUAGUGUCAAUUGUCUGAGGUCAGAUUUGAAUUCAGGUCCUGACUUCAGGGCUGGUGUUCUAUCCACUGUGCCAUCCAGCUGCUGUAGCCUACCAAUUUACUAGGAAAGAAACCCAAAUCCAUGAAGAUGUGCCUGUUGCCUGGUGUUCAGCUGGAAAUGUGAUCCAUGUCAGCCUGUCAGCAUGUACAUCUUGACUUCAGGCACUGUAACUGGACGCUUCUGACUUACAAGAUGACCAAGAAGAGGAGGAACAACAGGUGCUUCAAGAAGGGGCGCGGCCACGUGCAGCCCAUCCGCUGCAACAACUGCACCUGCUGCAUGCCCAAGGGCAAGACCAUCAAGAAGUUUGUCAUUCGCAACAUCAUGGAAGCUGCAGCCAUCAGGGACAUCUCCGAAUCCAGUGUUUUCAACUCUUAUGUGCUCCCCAAACUGUAUGUGAGACUGCAUUACUGUGUGAGCUGCGUGAUCCACAGCAAGGUAGUAAGGAAUCAGUCUUGUGAGGCACGAAAGGAUUGGACACCCCCACCCCGCUUCAGACCUGCUGGUGCUGCCCCCAGACGCCCUCCAAAGUCAAUGUAAAGAGCUAUCUGCCUAUCAAAAUUCCUGAACUAAUCAGAGGAAAAUAAAAUGGUUGAUUUAUCUUUUAAAAAAUGACAUUAACAGUUUGGGGAACAUUGUGAAUCGUAUAUGUGUUUUCUGUGUUU